AAACUGUUAAAGUGUAGGAAAGUUAUGGUUGACUUCUCUGAACAGAAUUUUUUAAAAUGUUCGGUGGUUGAAAUUCAUUAAUAAUAUUUGAGUUUUUUCUAUUUUUGAAAUGAAUAUUCAAAUUUCUUAGUACAUUAUCUAGAAGUCAUCAAUUAUCAAUAGAAGAACUUAAUCAAUACCUGUAGAAUUCUACGGUUUUCAAAAAUGUUGUCCCAAUAUAAACCGGGGAUGGAUGGAGAGGAGUUCAAAUUGCGAGCAAAAGAAGUGAUAGACUACAUGGUACAUUACCGAGAUACAGCUUUUAAACGACCAGUGAUUGCAUUGAAUAUACUGAAGUCUAAAGUUGCCGACUUGAAAAAAUUCAUACCUCUUACAGUACCAACGCACGGUCAAGAUUCAUUCAAAGAUGUGCUGAAAGAUUUAGACGAAUUUAUAGUACCAAGGUUGUUAGCAUGGGAUCAUCCACAUUUUUUUGGAUACUUUCCUGCAGGCAACACCUACCCAACAAUCUUAGCUGAUAUGUUGUCAGACAUUUACAAUAACAUUGGAUUCUCUUGGUCGUCCGGACCAGCUCUCACUGAAUUGGAGAUGAUCAUGAUGGAUUGGUGGGGACAAGCAUUGCAUUUACCGAGGCAUUUUCUUUUCCAAACACACGGAGGAGUGGGUGGAGGAGUGAUUCAGUGUUCAGCAAGUGAUGCGGUAUUCAUGACAAUUGUUUCUGCAAGACAAAGAGCGCUGGAAUUCCUGAAAAGGAAGUACCCAGGGAAAAAUGAGUUCGACCUGGUCACUAAGCUUGUCGGCUACAUAAGUAGGGAAGCUCACAGCUGCCAGCAGAAGGGAGCCAAUUUGGCAUCGUGCAGAAUACGAGUAUUGACCCCAAAUAAAAUGAAUAAGAUGACAGGAGAAACUCUUGAGAGGGCAAUAAAGGAAGAUUUGCAUAAUGGGCUGGUGCCAUUUUUUGUGGGUGCCACAGUGGGUACCACAGGCACCACAGCCUAUGACAAUCUCUGGGAGAUAGGAGCCGUUUGUAAGCGUAAUCCUCUCAUUUGGCUCCACGUGGAUGCUGCAUAUGCGGGAUCUGCCUUUGUGUGUGAAGAAUUCCAACACUUAUGUGGAGGACUGGACUACGCAGACUCUGUCAAUGUGAAUGCCAACAAGUGGAUGCUAGUGUGUUAUGACUGCUCUGGCCAUUGGGUGAGAGACAGAUACAUGUACACACACGGUAUAGUAAUCACUCCUGUCUACUUAUCCAACGAAAUCCCGGGAAUCAUCGACUACCGUCACUGGAAAGUUCAGCUUAGCAGGCGAUUCCGUUCUCUAAAGCUCUACUUCCUAUUCAGAGUGAUAGGCGUCAAGAUGAUUCAAGAAUACAUAAGAAAUCAUGUUAGACUGGCCAAGUACUUUGAGGAUCUCAUAUUAACCGACAAGCGGUUCACGGUCACAAGUGAAGUUCAUCUUGGAUUGGUCUGCACGCGACUUGUCGGCGAUGACAUUUUGACAGAGCAUCUUGUUGCCUUUGUCAACGCUCUUGGUAAAAUUCAUGUGACCCCAACUAGAGACAAAGGACAAUAUGUGAUGAGACUCUGUAUAACAUAUGAGUUUGCUACAAAGGAACAUGUUCUGUGGAGAUGGACACACAUUCAAGAAUGUGAUAGAGGUUAUAAAUUUGCAAAAACAGUUACCGAACUUGCUGCCUUCAAGAAGAUUGUCCUAUAUAAGGAAAAGUAGCGUCUUUCAUUCUAAAAGUAGCGUCUCUUAUUCAAAAAGUAGCGUCUCUUCUAAAUUAUCAAAUUCUAAAACGUCAUUGAAAAUGAACUAAACUAUCAUUCAUAUAACACAAUUCCAUCACAUAAACUUUAAGGCACAAUCAAGAAUUGUAAAUUACUUUCGAAUAUGACGAAGCUAACAUUUUUCAGUUUUUGGAUGGAAACACAUUCAAGAAUGUGCUACCGAGGUUAUAAAUAUGCAAAAAGAGUUUCCAAAUCUGCUGCCUUCAAGAAGAUUGAGCUUCACCGUACCUGUCAAUUCUGUGACACUGCAAGCUCUCAAUUUACUCACGAGAGACGCAGCCGACCCGAUUCCGGUCGACCAAGACACGUGGAAUGUGGUCCCUCGUGACCGUGACAUCACUCACCAAGGAACGUAUCGGGAUACAUAUCGUCUUACAAACCGUGAUACAUACCGUGAAGCGUACCAGUGAGCCUCUUGGCCACCAAUUUUUCGAGAAAUUCUAUGUUUGUUAUUCAUGUAAUGUCACGAUGUAGAUAUCUACUGAGUCAAAAUAACAACCAUGUAACCAUGUAACAACCAUGUUUAAUGUAUAAAUCAAAUUACAACGUACAUGAGUAAUGUGUUGAA